CCUGCAAUAGAGUAGUGCUCGUAUCAGAUCAAAUGAAAGGGAAUAUUUGUAUAGUACUGAUCAUCUUAAGUUGUGCGCUGAGUUCUGCUCGGGCGCGAACCACAGAUGUUCCAGAGAGUACUACUUUUAAAAUCCCAUUCUAUUACUGCCCUAGGUAUGAGGGCACUGUAAUCGAUCUGAAAGGCCUUUCCGGCCUGUGGUUUGAGACGGCUCGCGGCUUUAACCUGGAUAAGAUGGAGUGCCUGAACUACACAGUGCCCGACAGCCCAAACGACAAGAAUAUGGUGGAGCUGCAGCUUGAGUUUGUGGAUGCCGCCAACAGCAAAUGGGACAACGUGAAGCGAUCCAAGUCAUUGUUCUGGGAUGAUAAUGCUAAGAAUGGGAUCUUCACUUGGAAUAUCGAGGAAUCUAGCAAUAUGACUGUCACCUAUAAGUUGCUUGAAACUGACCAUACUUCCUACGCCUUGUUCUGCGGCAACUCAGAUAGCACAAGCUUACCGCUCUACAAAGUGUGGACACGCAACCGCCACCUGACCGAUGAGCAGAAGAUCUUCAUCCAAAACAAGUUUAAAGAAAUGCUACAACUCCAGUACCUCAACUAUGUAGAGCAAUCAGAGGAAAAGUGCAACAACUCCGCCAUGAGGGCAGCUGGCAGAGCUCUUCUCGCACUGGCACUUGCGCUCAUUGCAUAUUUAUAG